GAGGCGCUGAGGCGCGUUCACUGUGAGUAGUGUGUGUAAUCGCGCGUGCGUGUGUGUGCGUGUCCUCCCCGCACUGCGACGGUCUCUCUCCUCUUCUCCCCCUCGUCGUCAUCAUCAUGCUCACGCGGGUGCGCUCCGCCGUCUCCUCCAUCAUCGGCGGUGUGAUGGCCUCUGGCGCGAGCGCCGCCGAGCCGCGCGCGGACCUGCCGCUGCGCUUCAACUACUGCAGGCCGGACUUCCUCGGCCUCAGUCCGGACGAGGUGGAGUGCUCGGCGGACCACAUCGCUAGACCCAUCCUCAUCGUUAAGGAGACCAGCCGCCUGCACUGGUCCACGGGAUACGCCGAGGUAAUAAAUGCUGGUAAGAGUGCUCUGAAUGAAGACCAGGCAUGCUGUGAGGUGGUAGAGCUGAGGAGACGGCCUGCAGAUCCGGCUAGCCCAAACUACACUCCCUCUAGGAGGCGCUCUUCCCUUCCUAGUGGAGAAGCUCUGGAGGUCAAAGAGAGCACACCUGAUAUAAGCCUAGAAAUCCCUCAGGAAGAGGAGGUAAUGUACUUCCACUACUGGGCUCUUUUUGAUGGACAUGCUGGUUCGGGCGCUGCCGUCUUCGCCUCCAAGUUUCUACACCUGCAUAUUGAGGAGCAGCUCCAGGGUGUGCUGGAGAUCCUGCAGAAACCUUCCCUCCAGCCCCCCACCUGCAUGGGUGAGGAGAAUAGCCUCCAUAUCCACCCUUCUGGAGGGUCGUCUCAGCGUUCUCUGUCCAGGGCGGCCUCGCUGCGGGGGGCUGCAGGGGCUCCAGGUUCUCCAAACACAGUGGCUCCUCGUUUCUUCAUGGAGAAAAAGGUGAAACAGGAAAGCCUUGUGAUCGGGGCAAUUGAGAAUGCUUUCAAAGAGAUGGAUAAACACAUCGGCAGAGAGAAGAAUGUGUACGUUAUCUCUGGAGGGUGUACAGCUUUAGCGGUGGUCUGUUUGUUGGGAAAACUUUUUGUGGCGAAUGCAGGGGACAGCAGGGCCAUCAUCCUACGCAGCGGAGAGAUCAUCCCUAUGUCAAGUGCCUUCACUCCAGAGUCAGAGAGACAGAGGCUUCAGUGUUUGGCUUAUAUGCAGCCCCACCUGUUAGGAAAUGAAUUCACACACUUGGAGUUUCCUAGAACAGUUUGCAAAAAGGAGGUGGGGAAGAGGAUACUGUACAGGGACUACAGCAUGAAAGGCUGGGCAUAUAAAACUGUCCAGGAGGAAGACUUAAAGUUUCCGCUGGUGUUUGGAGAGGGGAAGAAGGCACGGGUGAUGGCCACCAUUGGUGUGACUAGGGGCUUCGGGGACCACGACCUCAAGGUUCAUGGCACAGACAUCUCUAUCAAACCUUUUCUCACCAGCUGCCCAGAGGUGAAAGUGUACAACUUGGAGCAGGUUGAGCAUGGAGCCGAUGAUGUCAUGGUUUUGGGUACAGAUGGUUUAUGGGAUGUUCUGUCCAACCAGGAAGUUUCUGAGGCAGUUACAAGUUUCCUUGCAAAUUGUGACCCUGAUGACCAUCAUAGGUAUACCAUGGCAGCCCAGGACUUGGUGAUGAAAGCCAGAGGGGUGCUGAGUGACCGAGGCUGGAGGAUAGCCAACGAUAGACUGGGCUCUGGUGAUGACAUAUCUGUUUACAUUAUACCGCUUAUGUGUGGAAACAAACCACCACAGCCAAGGUGACCAACGGACAGCCGAGGAACAAACAACGAUGAACCAGAGCUCUGCUGACUCUUCAUCACAGAGCCCUCACCGUGCUGGCCUAGUAUAUUUAAAGAUAUAGAGCAAUCUCAACAUCUGUCUUAAGACUGAAUCCUCACCGGAGGUCACAGUACAGUAGAUUAAACAUCAGUUUUAAAUUUUAACAAAAAUAUAGAACUCCAUAUAAUCAGUGUUCUACAAUCCCAAGCGCUACUCUCAAUGACCAGUUGUUAAUAUACUGUAGUGUAGAAGCUACUGCUCACAGCCUACCCGCUCUAAAGUCUUCCUCUUGCCUUCGGUUUAUUUAUUUUUCCUGACACAGGUGAUCUAGUCUCUUUCCUCUUCUCCAUUCUGUGAAUGGAAAACAAAGGGAAUCCUUUUUGGAGUUUGGAUAGCUUGUUUUUUCUGAGAACAAGUAAACUAAUGUAAAUACAUUUAGAGAUGUAUUUAGAAAAACUUCAACUUCCUUUGUGCUCACAUUCUAGGAGGGUCCAUUUGUCAGUGUGUGUUUUCUACAGGGUGUCUGCAGAUCCUGCAGUUACAAAAAUCUGAAAUUGGUUCAUUUAAAAAAAAAAUCCACAGACCACAAAUUCUACAUACAGUAAAUACAAUUUUUUUUUUGCCCAUUUUCGCACGUUGUAUUUUACAUUUCCUAAAUUUGAUCCGCAGAUUAGCUUACUGAUUUAACUGAAGACUAAAGAAAAUCCAAACCAACAGCAUUACAUAUGGCUGAGGGACACAGUUUUUAGGUUUGUUCAUUACUUGCUUUUAGCUAGCGUAGCUGUUACUGUAGGCAUGGAGGUUAGAUAAGCCCAAUUUUGCAAUGGACCCUAUUUUCAUCAGUUCAGUUCCUUUUUUUGUAUGUACAAAACAGUUUAUUUGUGUUUGGCUAAAAUGUUGGUUUGUCAGAAAAUACAGAAUUCAUCAGCUUUCUGUAGAGUUUGUAAAUUCGUUUGUAAAUAUUGUUGUGUUUGUAUUUGCUAUUUUGUUAUUGCAAAAAUUAGUGGUCUUAAUUGUUUCUCUGCGUGGUAUUAAAGUCUUAGGGCGUUUUCACACCUGUAGUUUGUUUUUAUGGUCCAGAUCAGUUCAUAAGUUUGUUUAUUUGCAGCGUUUCUCCUUUGGUUUAGUUUGGUUUGAUUCAGGCAUAAAUGUAAAAUGAACAAAAUGCGCUCCAAUAAAAAAACACAAGCACAUUCUCUACUCUGAUUGGUCAGAGCUGUCUGGCACAGGAGCAAGAAAGUAAAUUUAGCGAGAAGAUUCUGUGUUCCAGCUUAAUAUCUAUGAAGUGUAAAGCUGCCUUAACCCUGAAUACUGAAAAUUUGCAGAUGCGCUUUCAAACACCAGUGUUUUCAAUGGGACGUGCAAUGCAGAUGUAGUAAACGGAGUGGCGCGUCUACGAGCAGUGAACGCUGCACACAUCGUGUGUAAACAGCAUGGGGCAGCAGACACAGCGUUUGUUCAUAGCUGUAUAUUGUCUGGCCAAUAUAUCAGAUUAAACUGCACCUUAUCAGCAGUUUAGCUCAAAUGAAAGGAGUAUAUUUGAUAGCUGGUUCGGAUCGAGACCGGAUCCCAAAUUGCUCCAGAGUUUGUCCGAAACUGGUUGUUUUGAUCUGCACUCUGGUGCGAUUACUGUUUUCACACCUGCUCAGUCGAACCGCAUUAAGGGUACAAACAAACAAACCAGAUUCUGUUUUAAUCAGACCAAAUAGUGCUGGUGUGAAAACCCUUAAAGUCCUAAAUUAGAUUUCUUAUUCCUGCAGAUACCCUGUUUUCAACAGCACAAAGCAGAAGAACACACUUGUAAUGUACUCAUGGUGUAGAAAUCACAGUCAUGGAUGGAAGACUCUAGUACUACUUUUUUUUAAAUUUGUCAUUUAUUUUUGAAUGUCCAAUGCUGAAUCUGAAAGUAUGUGCAAUGUUGAUGUUAAAGAAACUGAACUUCAUUGUGAUUUUUUUUUUUAAUUUAACAUGAUUUAUUUAAUUAUUUAAUUGCUAUUUUUGUUUGUUUUUUGUACAUCUCCUUUCUACGAAGCCUGAGGCACUGUAAAUACUAAAGAAGCACAUCAUCCUAAUAAGGAUGCUACAGUCAUAAAUCAAAAAGACCAAUAAACUACAGAAAAACAAA